ACCUGACCCGCCGAACACACAAAAGGUCACUUUCCAUUUCCAAUAUCAAUCAAUUUUCCUCAUCUCUAUAUAUUCCCACACCCUUUGACCAAACUUUUCAUUCUUAAUUUCUCAUCACCCCCGCCGCCUCUUCCGUUUUCUUCAUCACUCACUUCAUUGUGCAAGAAUGUCGACUAUAUCCGCCAUGAGACUUCCAACAGCUCCUUUGCCCGGAACAGCACACACAAGGAGAUCUUGUGCUUUUACCAAGAGUGCAUCAUCUCUUGGCUCUGUGAAGAAUGUGUCUAAAGCAUUUGCAUUGAAAUCGUCGUCCUUUAGAGUGUGUGCAAUGGCAGCAUACAAAGUGAAACUGAUUGGACCAGAUGGUGCGGAGAGCGAAUUCGAAGCCCCUGAUGACUCUUACAUCCUGGAUGCAGCUGAGAAUGCUGGAGUGGAUCUACCUUACUCAUGCAGAGCUGGUGCCUGCUCUACUUGUGCAGGGCAGUUGGUUUCAGGCUCUGUGGAUCAGUCAGAUCAAUCCUUCCUGGAUGAUCAGCAAGUGGAGAAGGGUUAUCUCCUGACAUGUGUCUCAUAUCCAAAAUCAGAUUGUGUGAUUUACACCCAUAAGGAGGAAGAGCUCUACUAAGUGAUGUGCGCGUUCUUAGUUUUGCGGUGGGAAGUCUCAUAAUCAUUUCUAAGAAAAGAAGCUACACUGAGUUAUUGUGUGGGACUACCAAUUCAAACAUGUUAUAAGUAUUAUUGUUGCUAGUUAUUGUGAAACUCUGAUGGUGUUUGUAUAACUUUAAAUUUAUCUGAACCCUGAACCCAGUAAUAUCUGGGGGUUAGAACUGUGUCAGCAAAUAAUAAAGGAAGCAUAUUAUUGGACACAA